AUGGUGGGGACCAACAUAGUUUAUGCUGAGGUGUUAGAAAAAGCUCUUGAAGCUGUGUUUCUCCAAAAUGAUAUAAAGAAGGAGAAUGCUGCUAAGUGGGAAGCCCGAAGAAACAAUGGAGGAAAUCAAGAGAAUAAGAGAAAACACGAGGGAAAUCACAGUAAUGAUCGUGAUAAAAAGGGGAAAACAGUGGUCCAAAAUAACAACAAUGGGCCAGGCCAUUUGAAGAAAAAUUGCCCAAAGGGACAAAAGAAGGAGAACCAAGCCGCUCCUGCUCGAGUGUUUGCUCUCACCAGAGGAGAAGCGGCCACAAGCAACACUGUUGUCUCAGGUCAGGUUUCUAUUUACGGAUUGCCUUGUAAUGUUCUCUUUGAUUCUGGAGCUGCUCAUUCUUAUAUAGCUACUAGGAUAAUUGAUAGUAUAGAUAAGCCAUGUGACCUACUUAGAUGUGGUAUUGUGACGGAAUUACCCUCGAGAGAAACCAUGCUAUCAACAAGAAGAAUGCGAGAUGUACCUAUCAUAAUCGAAAUCAAAGAACUCAUGGGCGACCUAAUAGAGCUGGAAAUGAAGGAAUAUGAUGUUAUAAUUAGGAUGGAUUGGCUAUCUAGUCACGGCGUGACAAUCAAUUGCCGAAAGAAACUGGUCGUUUUUGAAACAAAGGCUGGGAUCGUCAACUUAGUGGAUCGAGCAAUAGGGACACAACUAAAUGUGGAGAAUGUGCACAUAGUCUGUGAAUUUCCAGAGGUCUUUCCAGAAGAUCUACCGGGACUACCUCCAGAUAGAGAGGUGGAGUUCGUCAUUGAAUUAGCCCCGGGGACUAAUCCAAUUUCAAAGGCUCCAUACGUAAUGGCACCUAAUGAGUUAAAAGAGCUUAAAAUACAACUACGGGAGCUCUUAGACAAAGGGUUCAUUAGACCGAGUUACUCACCUUGGGGUGCGCGGUACUCUUCAUCAAGAAGAAAGAUGGUAGUAUGA